AUGGAUGCUGCAGUGACAGAUGAUUUCCAACAAAUUCUGCCUAUUGAACAGCUGCGCUCUACUCACGCUAGCAAUGAUUAUGUGGACCGUCCUCCAGUUCCCUGUAAACAGGCCCUCUCCAGUCCUUCCCUUAUCGUGCAAACCCACAAAUCUGAUUGGUCCCUGGCUACCAUGCCCACUGCUCUGCCCCGCAGUCUCAGCCAGUGCCAUCAGCUGCAGCCCUUGCCUCAGCAUUUGAGCCAGUCUAGCAUUGCCAGCUCAAUGUCCCAUAGUACCACUGCCUCUGAUCAAAGGCUCUUGGCCAGCAUUACACCUUCACCUUCAGGCCAGUCCAUCAUCCGAACCCAGCCUGGAACAGGAGCCCACCCAAAGGCUGAUGGUGCUCUGAAGGGAGAAGCUGAGCAAUCUGCCAUGCAUCCCAGUGAGCACCUCUUCAUCUGUGAGGAGUGUGGGCGCUGCAAAUGUGUCCUCUGUACAGCAGCUCGCCCUCUCCCCGCUUGCUGGCUAUGCAACCAGCGUUGCCUUUGCUCUGCUGAGAGCCUCUUAGAUUAUGGCACUUGUCUCUGCUGUGUUAAAGGCCUCUUCUACCACUGUUCCACUGACGAUGAAGACAACUGCGCCGAUGAGCCCUGCUCCUGUGGGCCUGGCUCUUGCUUCGUCCGCUGGGCAGCCAUGAGCCUCAUCUCCCUCUUCUUACCCUGCCUGUGCUGCUACCUGCCUACCCGUGGAUGCCUCCAUCUGUGCCAGCAGGGCUAUGAUAGUCUCAGGCGACCAGGCUGCCGUUGUAAGAGGCACACCAACACUGUGUGCAGAAAAAUCUCUUCUGGUAGUGCUCCCUUCCCUAAGGCCCAGGAAAAGUCUGUAUGA